CUUGGGAUUUGGGUGCCUGCCUUCCAAUGGACAUCGUUAUUCACAAAAGAGAGAAAGCUGGACACACAUACCAAAAAGGAGAUGAGCUGCUGGUUGGUGUGCCGAAGGAAGCCACAGUUCUUGGGACCAUCCAGAUACUAUGUGCCCUGACGAUUGCAGGCUUGGGGGGCAUUUUGGUGUCAGUUUCCUACUCUCCCUACUUCAACCCAGCAGCCUCCACCACUUUGAUGUCCGGGUACCCAUUUGUUGGAUCCCUGUAUUUUGCCAUUGCUGGAGCUCUCUCAAUUAUCUCUGGGAAAACCUCAGCCAAACCCUUUGCACUGAGCAGUCUGGCCUCCAAUGCUGCAAGCUCUGUUGUUGCUGCAGCUGGCCUCUUCCUCCUCACGCACGGCCUCAUCAUCCUGGGGACUGCCUCUCCACACUGUAAUUCAGAAAAGAAAUUUCUGCCCUUAUUAUCUUCUCCGGAAUCCCACCAUUGGAUGAGUGAAGACAAGAACUGUCUCCUUGCUGAUGUCGGUGUCAUGAGUGGGCUGGUGGUGAUGCUCGUCUUCACUGUGCUGGAGCUUUUCCUAGCUGUCUACAGUUCUGUCUUUUGGUGGAAGCGAAUCUACAUCAACAAGCCUAUGAGUGCAUAUUUCAUGUCUGAGUCACAAGAUCAUACCCAACUUAUCAAAAGCAGUUUGUUGAGGCCAUGAAUGUGAAAUACAGAAGAAGAAGGAAGAAAUCCAGUGCUCAUGGCAGAGCACAGCUAGACGUUCCUGAAAUCCCAGCCUUGGUAGAUCUCAAUAAACUUCUGAAGAAAAGCUUUCCUGUGGUACUUUCAA